UGGUGGGAUUCCUAGGACCCCCCCCCCCCUCGUUCCCCCGAUGGCGAACCAGUCGGACCCCGACUACGACCCCGCGGUCUCAACGCAGCACGGCCCCGACCCCCUCAGCUCGGACCCCUUCCACUCCAAGCUGUCUCCAGUGGCCGACAUGGUGGCUGGCGUCUACCUUACGUCAAUCUGUGUGCUGUCUCUGUUGGGGAACGGGAUGGUGCUCACGCAAUGCCUCAUGCGCAAACGCAAACUCAAGCCGGCGGAGAUCAUCACGGUCAACCUGGCCAUCUCUGAUUUCUGUCUCUCCGUGGUGGGGAAGCCGUUCUCGGCCGCGUCGAGCUUUGCCCACGAGUGGCUCUUCGGCGGUGCCGGCUGCCGCUGGUACGGCUUCACGGGGUUCUUCUUUGGUUGCGGCAGCCUCGGCACCCUCACCACGGUCAGCUUCGAGCGCUACCUCAAGAUCUGCCACCUCGCCUACAGCACGUGGGUGCGACGCCGCCACGCGUUCCUCUGCGUGCUCGCCGUGUGGUUGUACGCCGCCUUCUGGGCCACGAUGCCGCUGCUGGGCUGGGGCAGCUACGCGCCGGAGCCCUUCGGAACGUCGUGCACCCUCGACUGGUGGCUGGCGCAGUCGUCGGCGGCGGGCCGCUCGUUCGUGCUCUGCAUGCUCCUCUUCUGCCUCCUGCUGCCCGCCGCCGCCAUCCUCUUUGCGUACGCGCGCAUCGUGGGCGCCGUGCGCCGCAGCGCGCGCGACCUCGCCCACUUCGAGCGACGCGCGCGGGGCGGUGGCGGAGGAGGAGGAGGAGGAGGAGUCGCGCUCGAGCUGCGCAUCACCAAGGUGGCGAUGAUGAUCUGCGCGGGCUUCCUGCUCGCGUGGAUUCCGUACGCCGUGGUGAGCGUUUGGUCGGCGUUCGGCGCCCCCGACUCGGUCCCCGUCGCGGUGUCCAUGGUGCCCACGAUGUUCGCCAAGUCGGCCGCGAUGUACAACCCCCUCAUCUACCAGCUGCUCUCACGGCGCGGGACGGGGGCGCACUGCUGCCGCUGCCGCAAGGCUCGGGGCACGCUCAGGAGACCCAGGUUCAGCAGUUCGAGUCACGUGUCGGAGGCCCAGGGAGAGGGGGGCCGGGCCUCCAAUGUCGCGAGGGGGGCCGCUUCGGGGGUCCCCUUGAUCGGGGGGGGGUACGCGGUGAGCGGCGAUGUGACCCCCGUGACGAGCCCCGUUUCGUGCUGACAACAA